CCUGAGCCGAACCUGGGACCUGAGCUGCUGCACUAACGCGUCUCCUUAUCAGAGGCCACCAUGUCCUCUCACUCUUCUGAAGACCCGUCCUCCGCGCACGACCACCGUCGCCAGUCGUGCAACUCGAUGCUCGAGUCCUAUACUGCCCACGAAGACACUACCGACGAGUCGGAAGUAGAGCCUGGGUCCCCUGCAGACUCAGACGACAUACUCGGCAGAUGUAGAAGCCCAAGCCAUGAGCUCUCUGCUCGCUCGCGCGAAGAGAUCCUCGCUGCCCAGAAGCGACGUGCCACCUUCAUUCGGGGGCUUGCUCUCCUCUGCGCAUGCAGCCUUAGUGUUGGCUCUCAUUAUGCAUCGUACGUCCUAGGACCACUGAAGAGUCGCUUGGCACGCGAGCUCGGAGCCAGCCACACCGAGUUCAGCCUUCUCUUCUCUGCGUAUAGCUUGAAUAGCACCUGGACCAGCCUUGUCGGAGGCGCUCUUGCUAGCAAGAUAGGGACGACCGCGACCAGCAUCAUUGCUACGGGAAUCAUCCUCGUCGGCCAACUUAUCCUCUUGCUCGGCCAUACAAUUGGCAGCAUACGACUCAUGGCCCUCGGCAUGUUUAUCUUUGGUAUCGCAGUCAGCCCCCUCGCCGUCGUACAAGAGACCAUAAUCGUCCGCUUCUUCCGCUCGCACGGUCUCGGCGUUUCCCUGGCGCUCGGCCUUCUCGCUGGCAAAGGCGCUUCCUUCUUAUCGGCGCGUACGGCAUACCCUCUGAGCGCGCACUUUGGCCCCAACGCACCGUUCUUCGUCGCCGCGGGGCUGGCGACGUUCUCCUUCGUGGUGAACCUGCUGUAUGUCGCUGCUUCGAGGUGGCUGGUGGACGGGGCGUGCGCGGAUUUGGAGGCGGCGGAUGUGGAGGAGGAGGCGAAGCGGAGGUGGUCGAUAGAUAUCACGGAAGCUCAGGCGUUGGAGAAGGUCGCGGCGAAGAAGCGCGUACGUCUGCGCUCCGUGGUAAAGCUGGGGGAUGUAUUCUGGGCAUAUGUUUUCUUGAAUGUGCUAUGUGGUUCCAUCUGGUCGCCCUUCGUCCAUCUUGCUGCAAAUAUAAUCGAGACACGAUACUCUCUGCCAGAGGCUUCCGCGGCGAGUCAGGCUUCGUACCUCCUUGCAGGCAGUCUUAUAAUGUACCCCUUGUGUGGCUUCCUGGUCGAUAGGUUCAAGCAUCGACCCAUCGUUAUCCAGCUACUUGUGUGCUCGUCCACCUUGACGCUCUUCUGCUACGCGUGGCUGGCGCUUUCGACGAAUACACCAAUACCCGGGAUUUUGGCCUUCGCCAUUGGUCAUGGCUUUUCACCUUUACUACUCGUCGUGUUGGUGCCCAAGAUCGUGCCUCUCAAAUUUGUUUCCACCGCGCUCGGUGUACAUAAGAGCCUUGAGAAUUGCGGCUCGACGAUUUUCCAGACCAUUGCCGGCCUCGCUCUCGAUAUUCACAAGAGCAAGGCGGGCCCUUCGACCAAUCCGACAUCGCUGCAACGGCUGCUAAACAUCUUCCUCGUACUCAACAUCUUCCAGCUGGCAGCCAUCGUCACCCUGGCAUGGCUGCAGAAACGGCGGACGACUGCUCACGUGCACACCCAUGAUAGCCGAUCUUCAUGCACGGUGGUCGAUAGCCACUCGAGCGCGUCUCCGGAUGGACGCAGGUCGCCCUCAUCAGAGGACGCGCGCGCCUCGCAGCUUCUGCUUCCACCUUCAGAAGGCGACUCGGGCGCUGGCUAUGCGUCCAUCACCCGAGCCAAACUACGCGGGGAGGCGCGCCUGCGAGCGGAGACGGCCCGAGGUCGAAUCUUCGCCUCGAUCUGUGGCUGCCUCGUCGUUUCUUGCUGGGUGCUGUUUAUGGGGACGGCGUACUUUCGGAUGGGCUUGAAGGACGUACCAGGAAAGGGGAUCCAGAGAUGAAUGAAGGCCGAAGGUGAAAUGAACUGUAUCUAUCUAUUAGUCACCUACCCAGAUCGUGCGUUGUAUCGCAGGUGAAGUUUACGUCUCUGUGCAUAGUAUACCUGAUAGGCUGCGUCUAUACCAUCUCGCUUGGCUGAUCGAUACGGGUGAUGGUCGAGAUACGGGUUAUAAACG